CAGAAAGAGAGAGAAAGAGAGAGAGGUGCUUCUUACAUGAGAUGAACUAAACUGAGAGAGGAGAGAUACCUGGCUUCAACAUGGACCCUGCCGUGACGUGUACCCCUGCCCGUUCGCCAUCUCAGCCGGACCAGAUAACCACCGCAAGCUUCAUUGAAGCACAAGGUGAGACAGAUUGGUUCAGUGAGUUCAGCUUCAACCCCGAACCAGAGUCUGGGAACAAGGUGAUGGUCGUUGUCGAUAACAGCCGUGAAGCUAGAGUGGCGCUCGAGUAUGCACUGUCCCAGGAUCUCCAGAGCAACGACACGAUUGUCCUGUUACAUGUUGCCAGAAUAAAUGAGAAUACGAACAGGGAGAUUGAUCCAAAGGCGUACGAUCUUCUGAACACUAGCAAAAAUAUAUGUCAACAAAAAAAACCUGAGGUGCGUGUGGUGAUGACAGUCAGGGAAGGGGAGGACAAGGGGGCGACCAUUGUUGAAGAAGCAAAACGGGAAAGGGUCUCGUAUUUGGUUCUUGGACAAAGAAAGAAAUCAUUUCUAGGGCGACUAUGGAUGUUUUGGGCAUACAAGAGAAACGAGAGUGGGUUCGUGGAUUACUGCAUCCAGAAUGCUGAAUGCAAGACAUUCUCAGUAAGAAGGAGAAACAGAAAAAUUGGAGGAUUUAUUAUUAAUACCAAACAUCUCAAGAACUUUUGGCUUCUGGCCUAGGAUAUCAGUACAUUCAUAUUUGGAGCUUCAACAAAAUACAGUGAUAUCAAUCACCAUGCUUGGAAAGAAGAAUAUUUGAAAUGAAAUGAUUUAAUUAUAUGAGGAAUAAAUUCAGUAGCAAAUUAUUGUUAUGAAAUAUUAGGAACAAAAUCAAGCACAACUGUUGACUAUGAAAUAUUGUUAUGAACUACUUUUUCCUAGUUUAAGUAGGAUUUCAUGGGAUUGGAACUAAUAAUUAGGAAUAAAUUAGAAUCAAUAAAUGAUAUGUAAACUCCUAUAUAUAUUCUGUGGAGGAUUGGAAGAAAGCAUCAAAGAGGGAUCAAAUUGUUGGCGGUGUAGAAUCGAGGCCUUGGUGAGAGGAUCAUUUGGCUUCUCUGGAGAACUGGUUUCAUUCAU